AUGACAACUCUUUCGAUCCUACUCGAAGGAAAUGCUUGUUCUUGGGGUAAAUUGGCUACUAACCACGGGAAUGCCGUAAUUUCCGAUGUAAUUAGAUCUGUGGUGUCAUUUGCUAAUGCUCAUCUAUCUUUAUCUUCCGGGAAUAAACUCCUGCUCUUCAUGUUUGCCAGUGGGUUGAAGAAGAAGCUCCUGUUCAAUUCGCGCAGAUCAGCAUCUACCGAUUUCUCCAUUGAAAUGAUCAAAGCAAUUAGAGAAACUCUCCACACUUCAGCGUCAACAGACGAUAUUUCAACUGCAACACCUUUAGCCGGAGUUUUAUGUCAUUCUAUAUGCCAUAUGAAACAGUCUAGUAACUCUGAUCUCAAGGAAGCCUCUUCAGAAAAUCCUACGAUCACUAACACUCACUUCAUUAAUGGUCGUGUAGUUAUCAUUUCCAUGACUGAGGAUUUCGGAUCAGAACAUGGUCCUUUGAUGAAUUUAUUUUUCUCCUCUGCCAAACAUGGAAUAUGUGUAGAUGUUAUAUCACUUGGACCGGCUAGUCCGUUACUUCAACAAGCUGCUGAUAUUACGAGUGGAAUGUUCAUUCAGAUUGAUAACCCGAAAAAGUUGUUGUGUAAAAUGAUGACCAAUGUAUUGGGUCAUCCAUCAUCUCGAUCCAUUUUCCCUCAGCCACAUCUAACGACGGUUGAUUAUCGAGCAUCCUGUGCUUGUCAUCAUCAAUUGGUAUCAACGGGAUGGGUGUGUUCAGUUUGUCUCUCAGUGCUCUGCCAAUUUGUUCCAAUUUGUACGUCAUGCGGGGCAGUUUUCAAGAUCUCAGGUUUUCCAAAGAAAGUUAUUAAGAGGAAGAGAAAAGAAUAA